UUCAACGCUCGCUUCGCGCGAAUUUUAAAAUACGAACCGGCUGCAUUCGAAAUUUGAAAUGUGUUUCUCUAUUAUAAAUUAAAGAAUACUAAGAACUGUACAAAUAUAAAGUGUUUUUAUUGAUAAAGCUUAAAAAGUUAAUAAAAUGGAUUUACUUAGUGAGUCAAGCAGUGAAAACAGAAUUUUAACUGCUCGACAUAUAAGUGCUGAGAAGACACUACCCGAAACAAACAAUGCAGUUAAUACCACAUUAUUGUGUUAUAGUUACAGCAUUCAACCAGACUUUGGUUCUUACCUAGCAGCAAUACAACCGUACGCGUGCGUAUUUUGGAGCUGCGGUGCGUUAGUAUUACUGGCAGUAUGCGCCUUAUACUUACUGACUGUUCGUUCCGCGUCACGAUUUUGGCGCGAAGGAAUCAACAAUGUCGCUGUAGUCGUGGCAGUAUAUCCAGUGGUAACAGCGGCAGCAUUAGUUGCUAUCAUAAUUCCACGAUCUCUAAUACUAUGCGAGGCCAUAGCUCAAGAAGUCGUUAUGAUAGCAAUGUACCAUUACUUUUGUACGCUUAUAGCAGAAUGUGGUGGCAUUGAUAUGCUUGUCAGACGUGCCGGUUCAGCUGAACAUCGUAUGGAGACCAGGACUUUGCCUUGCUGUUGCUGGCCAUGUUGUGUUAUCCCAAAACCACGUGUAGAGAAGCAAAGUCUGGAUUGGAUACGCAGCCUGACGCUGCAGAUGUCGGUGAUUCAAGGAGUUAUCUACGUCAUAAUCCUGAUACUCUGGGCAGAGGACAUGAUGCUACUCAUUGAAGCUACUAAAUACAUCCAAGUAUUUAUCGCGGCUUCUAUACUCUCCGGUAUGUGGGGGAUCAUAAUGACCGUAAGGUUGGCGGAGUCGAUGGGUUUGAGACCCAAGGCGAGGUUCUUGGCGCUCCAGCUGGUGCUACUGAUAGUGAAGCUGCAGUGUGGAGUGGCUAGAGCUCUGCCCGGAGUAUUCAACUUACCCUGCAUUAUGUCUCUUCAUCCCUUUGUCUUUGUAAAUUUUGUACAGAAUUGUAUAACAAUUCUGCAGAUGUUACUGCUCUCUAUAUGGGCGUGGAGAUUGUACAGUGUCCCUCCAGGAAAGGUGGUCGAUAAAGUACAACACUCAGUUGUUUCAAUCGUGGAAGAUAUAUCCGGCGUAUUCGAUGUUCGGGCCGUUAAGAAUGGUAUAGAUAAUAAGUCGUUUAAAGAAAAUAUAUAAAAUAGCCAGUCUUUAUUGUAGACUCAAUUUUUAUAGUACAAACCUGUCGACAAUGGAAGGUUUGAGAAGUGAACAAAGUUUUAGAAGAGACAUACAGUUUAUUUUUACAACUAUAAAAUUAUAAACAUUUUUCUAAAAUGUUAUUUCUUCUAAAUUACUACAUUUUAUUAAUGUAGUACUGAGAUAGGUAAAAUAAAGAUAAUUCAAACAGUUUCUGAUAUUUAUCCCAAUUAUGGCAGAACGUUUAAAGUGUGAAGUUUAAUUUUAUUUAACUUUCUGCUUACAUUUUGUCUCAAGGCUAAUUGCUAGACAAAUUGGGUACAACCGGACAGGACAUUUGCUAAUAUUGCCGCCGACAUUGUGUAAACGUAUCCUACGGUUUACCACAGCUUAAAUAUAAGAUCAUGAUAACAGCUCGUGAACUAUAGAUAAGUAGAUUAAAACUUAUCAAACAAAUAA